AUGAAUCAAUAUCAACCGACCAACUAUGCUAGCUUUGCAAUCCCAGUAUGUCAUCGCAGCGUUGGACUGUAGUCCCAAUUCCGAGGUGCAAGUUGUUGACAUCUUUCAUAGGGCUUUCCAAGCUUCGCUAGCGGUCCAGAUGCUGAGUUUCGUGUACCAGAGCAGCCAUACAAUGCCUCCCACCGGGCUUCCUGUCCAACGGCUCUGAACGCCUCACGCUCGGCGCAGGAUGAAGCGUUCGAUUUGUCUCAAGUGGACGCCGUGGCACGAAGAUCGGCCAACAAUGUCUCGAUGCAAGAUAUGAUAAAGCCUGAGGAGAGUGGACCGUGGGACCACACGCAUCCGGGCAAUGGUUUCUUCCAAUCACGCAUACCAUCUCAGCUCUCCUCAUGGCAGAUCCACAACCCCUAUGCUACCUCAGAGCCAGCCCGCAAGCAUGAUGGCAUCUCGGACGCAGCAGAUUCUGGCUACUAUUCCCUGCCCACAGCUACGCCGACACAGCAGAACUUCACGUGGAACAAGGAAGAGCUCGAACAGAGUUUUCUCUCUCCAAUAAUCCCCCAAGAUGACACUGAUGCGAGGAGCACACUCUCCGACGCCCGCAUGAUAUCCCGCAGUAGGGAUGGACGGAGGAAGCAAUUGAUAGGCCCCUGUCCAGUUCAGGGAUGCAAAAAGCAGCCAAAAAACUUGUCAGAUGCUAAGUAUGAGGAUUUAUGAAUCUUCCGUCUCGCAGAGGUAUGCUGACGGUUGCGUAGAAAGCAUGAACUGACGCAUACUCGUCCACACCGGUGUGAUCAGCAAGGCUGUAGCCGCAAGGAUGGGUUCGCGACCGACAACGAUCUUCAGAGACACCGCAAAAGUGUCCACAAUCUGCAGCCUACCGUCGGCUCCACGGUAGGCUACACUUGCGUGGCCUGCAAUGUGCCCGAUGGCCAACGGCCCAAGUUCUGGCCUCGAAGGGAUAAUUUCAAAGCACAUAUCAAGCGAAAGCAUCUCAACUGGAAUGAGGAACUUCUGAUCGAGAAGUAGGACACGUGCUUUUUGGGCUAGAAUUCAUUGAUACUGACAGGUAGGCAGAUCGAAACAAGCUAUGCGGCCUGGCGACGCAUGUACUGCCGAUGAUGAUGCUCAAGGUGUCAGGACCGCGAUGCGUUCGGCCGCACACUUCUCGCAAGUGGAUCCAGAGGAAAGCCGUGGCUGUCAACAACUGAGCGCUAGUCCAAGUAUGCUCGAGCGCCAUGUUUCAGAGCCAGGUCUUUACACCAGCAACAAUCUUUGGUCAACCAUGACCGAUCCAGAGGACGCUCUGGCGGGCAUGCAAGGCCAUACUGCAGACCUUGAAUACUACACCUCACCUGCAGAGUUCCACGGAAACGGUAGCUUGUCCAUGAUUCCGGACGAUAUGGGGAACACCCAUUUUGCUACGUUUCCACCGCCGCCCAAACGACUCAGGACUGAUCGGCUACACUGGAGUUACUCAAAUGAUCAAGAGCAACAGCAGCAGGUGCCUCUGUCCCAAUUCCAAGUUUCAGAGCACAGUGCAACAACCACCUCCACCUCAUCAUCGCAGUCCGGCAACACAAUGAUGACUCCCACGUUAUCACAAACAGGAACAGGAACAGGGGCAGGAACAGCAGGAGGAAUCUUCCAAUGCAGAUACUGCGAGAAAGUUAAGAAACGCGACUGUGAUCUCAAGUAA